AUGGGCGGCUCCUCUUCCACUCCCACUGCCUCGCUCACCAAGUGGACCAACGCAGUGGGCGAUGACGCCCUCGACGCGCCCGCAUUCAAGGCGCUGCGGGGAAGACGAGUGGUACUGGCCAGCUCAUCUCCCAGGCGCAAGGACAUACUGGCUUCCGUGGGUCUCCAUGCCGAAGUCGUGCCCUCGACCUUUGAGGAAAACCUUCCCAAGUCUGACUUUGUUGGAGCCGCGGCAUACGAAUAUCCAAUCGAGACCGGAGCGCACAAGGCCUUGGAGGUAUACAAGCGGCUAAUGAGCGAGCACCCAGAGGAUCCGCCGGAUCUUGUCAUCGCCGCAGAUACAGUCGUCGUCAAAAGCGAAGAGAUCAUGGAGAAGCCCAAGGACGCUGCAGACCAUGCCAGAAUGAUUGGAGAGCUCAACGAUGGAAUGUGCGAAGUCAUCACAGGCGUGACAAUCAUACACCCUAUUCUCCAUGCACCCGGAUACCAGGUGCGCUCCUUAUCUGAAAUCACAAAGGUACACUUCGCCGACAAUCCCGCCGAGGUGUUGCAGGCCUAUCUUGAAAAUGGCGAGGGCUCUGAUCGAGCCGGGGGCGUGGACAUUCAAGGCAAGGGCGCAAUGCUCGUCAAGAGCAUCGAGGGAGACUACAAUAACGUCGUAGGAUUUCCACUCUUUUCGUUCUGCGCCUUUCUGCACGAAUUGGUAGAAACCGAACAGCUCACCUUCGACGGCGUUUGA